AUGGUGAUGGUGAUCGCCGCCGCAGGCGUAGGGCUUGCGAUAGGCGCCCUUGCCUCGCGCCGACCGCUCGUGGCCUUUCUCACCACUAUGUUCCUCUACAUCGUUACCCUGCUCAUUGUAUUCACUGCUCUUCAUAUCCGAGUCGUCAGGCGUCGCCGCAGAACAGUAAACAGAGAAGUGUCUUCUCUCAAUCAACGUCGCACCCCGUAUGAUUACCGUAUCUUCGUCCUCGGCUCCGGAGGUCACACCAAGGAGAUGCUCAUGAUGAUGGAUGAUGGCUUCAGCAACUUUGAUGGUUUUCACCGACGAUAUUUGAUUUCUUCUGGUGAUACCAUGUCGGAGGAUCAUCUUGAAGAUUACGAAGCAGACCUGAAGACACUGUGUGCUGCUGAGGGCACCAACCCAGGAGCACACGACGUUUUCACCGUCACUCGUGCGCGCCGUGUUCACCAAUCACUUCUGACUACUCCAUACACAGCCUUUCUCAGCAUGGUCAGCAUAUUCCCGGCUCUGUUGACUCCGCCACCCAAAAUCGAUGGUGUCGAGCUCGUGUAUCCUACUUGUAUCUACUCCAACGGACCCGCGACUGGCUUCUUUGUUGGCCUGGCCGUGCACCUUCUCAAGAUCUUGGGCAAGAUACCCGAGAACUCGAUGCACUUCAUCUACAUCGAGUCCUGGGCACGUAUCAGCACCUUGAGCCUCACAGGCAAGCUCUUCUACUACACCGGCAUUGCGGACGUUUUGGUACAGCACAAAGAAGUUGCUGAAAAGUAUGGACUCGAGAACUGUGGAGAGAUGGUCUUCAACGCUCGACGACCUGAUAUUUCAUUGACAGAUGAUAAGAUGAUGGGAUGA